UAAACGGAAAGCUUAUGAAAAAGAAGUGAGAACAGAUUUUUCAAAAGCGGCGUUAAAAACAUUAAAUUAUUUCCUUUAGAUUCAGAAUAUCUUUCUAAUCAUUUUGGGUUUAUUUUUCAUAUAAAUUUUUAUAAAUGGCAAACAUAUUUAAUUUGUUCGGUGAAGUAUCGGAACUUCACAAAGAUCCAACUAUGAAGCCUUUGGCAAGAUCAAAAACUUCUCUUGGUACAAAUGAUACUCCUCUGAAAAAUGUUAGCCGAUCAAAACCAAAAGGAUUGUCAAUUAGAUCUAAAUCUGACUUAAAUGUUUCUACUACUGUACAAAGUAGUACUCCCAGUAAACAACAAGAAUUAUUAAAGCCUAAACUAACACAGUUAGACGACAGUUGCCAAGUAAUAUCACUCAAGAGAAAUAUUUUAUUAAAGAAACCAACUGUAUCUUACAACAGAAUGAAGGAUGUAUCUCCAAAAAAAGUAUCUAAUACAAAAAAUAUAAAAUUACCAGAAUCAUAUGGUGAAAGUAUUUUUAAGAAACCAUUACCAUUAAAAAGUUACAUUCACAAAUCAUACCCAGAGCCAGAAAGUCUAGCACCAUAUUAUGAUAUGCAGCUUGAAUUUGAUGAUAUUUAUACUAAAACUAUAGAAAAUGAAUUUAAAGAAUUUCAUAUAAAGAAGGAACGUGAGACAGUACCUUAUGAAGAUGAAGGAUUUGAAUCAGAUCUGGAACAAAUUGAGAUUGAAAUGCCAGAAUUAUGUAAAUCACCUGAAAUAUUUGAUGAAGAAUGGAUACAAUAUAAAAAUCCUAAUUUACCAGAACUAUCAGAUGAUGAUGACAAAAUUUAAAUACACAAAUGGAAUAGUUAUCUAACUUAAGAGUGGCUUUAAGUUUCUGGAAUUAUGGAAUUUUUGAAUAAAAUAAUCUAAGAAUAUUGUAUUAUGUUAAACUAUAUAAGUACAUUAUGAAGUCGAUUUUAAAUAGAUGAUUAAACAUAUAAGUUAAAAAGAAGAUUAAGAAUAAGUAAUAUAAUAAAAUGUACCUUUGAUACAUGAUA